UAGAAGGAUUAAAUCAAACAGUCUGAAAAACAAAGCAACAAAGGUGAACACCGCAAUAUCCGGGGUGAUGCUGCGGCGCCAUGGUGCGGUUACUGUAACAUUGCUUAUAAUUGAUAUAUACUAUAAGAAUCCAGAAAGGCUGAGAAAGAAUCAAUCAUAAAAUCACAUUCACAUAUCAAUAGCAUCAACACACACAUUAUUAGAGAAGAAAAGAGUGAGAAGCAGAAAAAUGGGAGCAGAACCUUUGUCCAAGAACGAGGUUGCACUUGCACAAACACAAGCUCCCUUCGUUCUUGGGCUCCAACCUUCAGCACUUGUUGACCACGUGGCACGUGUGGAUUGGUCCUUGCUCGAUCAAAUUCCCGGUGAACAUGGUGGCUCCAUACCUGUUGAGCUUGGAGAGCUUGAACAUAUACUAAGGGAGGUGAAAAUUCAUAUUGUCUCAUGCCAUGACAAUGAUGAUGAUGAUUAUCCUUCUUCUCACAUUAAGACCUUGGCUGGAGGCAGUGUUGCUAACACGAUUCGAGGUCUAAGUAAUGGGUUUGGGAUUUCUAGUGGAAUUAUUGGGGCGUGUGGGGAUGAUGAGCAAGGGAAGUUGUUUGACCAUAACAUGAGCUCCAAUGGAGUUGACCUCUCUAGACUCAGGAAGAAGAAAGGACACACAGCACAGUGUGUUUGUUUGGUUGAUGACUUGGGAAACCGUACCAUGCGGCCCUGUCUCUCAAAUGCUGUGAAAGUUCAGGCAGAGGAAUUGGCCAAAGAGGAUUUUAAGGGCUCCAAGUGGUUGGUGUUAAGAUAUGCAAUACUUAAUUUGGAAGUUAUUCAAGCAGCCAUUCUUUUAGCAAAACAGGAAGGUCUUCUUGUUUCCUUAGACUUGGCCAGCUUUGAGAUGGUUAGGAAUUUUAAACAACCACUUCUGAAGCUACUGGAGUCUGGGAAUAUAGACCUUUGCUUUGCCAAUGAGGAUGAGGCAACAGAGCUUCUAAGGGGAGAACAAAAUGCUGAUCCAGCAACUGCUGUAGAAUUUCUUGCCAAAUACUGCCAAUGGGCCGUAGUAACCCUGGGUCCUAAUGGAUGCAUUGCUAAACAUGGAAACGAGAUUGCACGGGUCCCGGCCAUAGGCGAAGCCAAGGCAAUUGAUGCAACAGGGGCAGGGGAUCUUUUUGCAAGUGGAUUUUUGUAUGGAGUGAUCAAAGGUCUGUCUCUUGAAGAGUGCUGCAAAGUGGGAGCAUGCAGUGGUGGGUCUGUUGUUCGCUCUCUUGGCGGCCAAGUCACGCUGGAGAAUCGCCACUGGAUGUACAAACAAAUGCAAAUAAAGGAUCUUCCCACACCUGAUACAAUCCAAAUAACUAAUGAAUAGUCUCAAUGAAAGAAAGAAAGAAAGUUGUUGCUUCAAUGGGCCUUUUAUUUCUUCCUUUUCAUUUCAUCUCUUGCCAUUAAAUGGCUGUUAUUGUUCCAAUUGUGAACUGGUUUGAUUAAUGAAUGACAAGCCUUAACAAAUUCCAUGAAAGAAACGCAAGUAUACCUAGCCUUGAAUAUAUUUGAGCUUGAUGCAAGAAGGAUUGUCAUUAGGUAAUAUCA